UAGCCUCGACUCUCAAAAUUUCCAGAAAAUUAACCAUCAGGGAAGAUGGCUCAUCGUCGUUCAUGCCUGUGUGCGUCGGUUGCAAUACUUCUGUUAAUAUCUUCAGUUUUCAGGGCGAGAGCACAGAUCACCACACCGUGCACCGCUUCGGUCAUAAGCAGCUUCACUCCCUGCUUCAACUAUCUCACAGGGAGCAGUGGGACGGGUUCUUCGCCAACUGAGGACUGCUGCAAUUCGUUGAGAUCUCUCAUGACAGAUAACGUGGACUGCGCAUGCCUUAUAAUAACCGGAAAUGUUCCUGUCUCGAUACCGUUUAUCAAUGCAAACCUGGCGAUUUCACUCCCCCGUGUAUGCAAGAAUUCGGUACCGUUGCAGUGCAAAGCCUCUGGUGUCCCCUUGCCGGCUCCAGGUCCUGUUCUAUUCGGUCCAACUCCAGCUCCUGCUGCUCCAGCUUCUCGUGGUCAUCCUGCUGCUCCAGCUCCUCGUGGUCAUCCUGCUGCUCCAGCUCCAGCUCCUGAUGCUCAUAGUCCCAGAGCUUCUAAAGCAGCAACGGCACACCAGCGGUGGAAAGCUUUGAUGUCGCGCCGGCGCCGCCUCCUAAAUUUUCGUUAGGUCCAAGUGUAAAUCCGGGUGUCAGACCGGUGGUCAACCCCAACGCGGCCUCCAGCCCGUCCACCAUGUCAUUACCGUCUCUUGUUCUAAUACUUAUAGGAACUAUGGUUUCCAAUUCGCUUUACAAAAUAUUCACUAUAUGUUGAGAUUUUGUAUCACACUUUGAUGUUACACUAGAAAUAUGUAAUGAUACCCGUCACUUUCGGAAUUGAAAAAUAUAAUUCAAUUGAAUUGUAUUUUACAAAUACAUACAUAUUAUAUAUACGGUGGCGUGACAUAUCAUUAUGUAACGUAAAAGUGAG